AUGUCUUUGAUUGGGGGGAUUCUGCUGGCUGCCUUGUGCCUGGGCACUGCCUCUGCUGCAUCGCUUGGGGCAGUGCAUACAGAGGGCGGAAUGGUAGAGGGAAAAAACGUUAGGAUGGGUUUCCUACGUUCGGUGGACGUGUUCAAAGGCAUUCCUUUUGCCGCCGUACCAGGAAGGUUUGAGAAACCGCAACCACAUCCAGGAUGGGAAGGUGUGUUAAAAGCCAAAAAGUAUAAGGAGAGGUGUCUACAGGUGACUCUGCUACAGACCGGCACACAUGGCAGUGAGGACUGCCUGUAUCUCAACAUCUUUGUUCCCCAAGGUCGCCAAGUGUCCACUGACCUGCCGGUUAUGGUGUACAUCUAUGGGGGUGCAUUUCUCCUUGGGGCAUCCAACGACCUCAGUUUCAUGGGGAACAGCGUGUAUGACGGGAGAGAGAUGGCCGACAGGGGCAAGGUCAUUGUGGUGACUAUCAGCUACCGUGUGGGUACGCUUGGCUUUCUCAGCACCGGAGAUGCAAGUUUGCCAGGGAACUAUGGACUUUGGGACCAGCAUGCUGCCAUUGCCUGGGUGCACAGAAACAUCAAAGCUUUCGGAGGGAAUCCAGACAACAUCACCCUCUUUGGACAGUCUGCUGGUUCUGCCUCUGUGAAUUACCAGAUGCUGUCUCCUUACAACAAGGGCUUAUUCCGACGUGCUAUCUCUCAGUGUGGGGUGGCCUUCAGUCCAUGGGCUAUGCAGAGAGACCCAAAAGCUCUCACUAAGAAGAUUGCAGAGAAAGUGGGCUGCCCCACUGACGAACAAAUGGUUACAUGUCUGAAGAUGACCGACCCCGUUACCCUGACAACUGCGGGCAAAGUAGCCCUCUCAGACAUGGGCAACGGCCCUGUGCUGCACAUGCUGGAAUUUGCUCCAGUAGUAGAUGGUGACUUGAUUCCAGAUCACCCCAGCAAACUCUUCCACCAUGCGGCCGAAAUCGACUACCUCGCCGGCACAAACAGCAUGGACGGCCAUCUAUUUGCCGGCAUGGACAUCCCAUCCAUUAAUGAGAAACGCAAGCCUACUGACCCGGAGGAGGUUAGAAACCUGUUGGCAGGACUGACCCUGGAGAAAGGAGAAGCAGCAGCCAACUUAUCUUACAGCAUCUACUCUUGGGACUGGGGGCCAAAUCCAGAUCAGGAGAUGAUUAAAAAAACAGUGGUGGACAUUGAAACAGACUACCUCUUCUUUGUGCCCACACAGAUAGCCCUACAUUCACAUGCAAAGAAUUCAAAAGGGGCAAAAACAUAUUCCUAUGUUUUCAACAUGCCAACCCGAAUCGUUUUCUAUCCAAGCUGGAUGGAGGCCGACCACGCCGAUGACGUCCAGUAUGUGUUCGGAAAACCUUUCCAGACACCGCUGGCCUAUUUCCCACGGCAUCGCGACGUGUCCGGACACAUGAUCGCCUACUGGACCAACUUUGCCAGAACUGGAAAUCCAAACGAAGGAGAGAGCGAGGUGCCUACUCAAUGGCCGGCUUUCACUGAGACAGGAAAUCCAUCCCUGAUGAUUAACAACAAAAUCAACAGCGACUCCGUCAAACGCAACCUCAGAGCUCGUUACGUUAGCUACUGGUCGACCAUUUAUGCUGGUCUUCCCACUAUAUAG